UCGCCUCUCGGUGUGGCGUAUGACAUUUAAAGUUUCUUCCUUUCUUAAGUCAUCUUUUGUCAGUUUCGUUUCAAUCAUUACACACAAACAAAAAAAAGUAUGGAACUUCAUCAAGUACGUCUUCUAGCUAGGAUCUUCUUCUUCUUCAUCUUCUUGACAACUCUACAACAUUCUUGUUCUGCUCGGAUUCUUACAACAAUCUCCAAGCCUGAUAGACAUGACUACGCUGCUAGUGCUCGUUGGCUUGUCUCUCAGAACAUCUGGGGUGUUCUUAGCACACUAUCCAUUGACCAUGAAGGUGCUCCGUUCGGGAAUGUUGUAUCGUUUAGUGAUGGUUUACCGGAGAAAGGCAGCGGUAUACCUUACUUUUACUUAACAACUCUUGAUCCAACUGCAAGAAACGCACUAAAAGACCAGAGAGCUUCACUUGCAAUCAGUGAAUCUCCCAUUGGAACUUGUAAAAGUGAUCCAAUGAAUCCUACUUGCUCUAAACUAACCCUUACCGGAAAGUUGCUGCUAUUGGAUGAAGGAUCUAAAGAAGCAGAAGUAGCCAAAAAGGCUUUAUUCACAAAGCAUCCAGAGAUGAUGGAUUGGCCUAAGGAUCAUGAUUUCCGCAUCUUCAAACUCGAAAUCACAAAUAUAUUCCUCAUAAACUGGUUUGGUGGAGCUAAACCUAUCACAGUAGAUGAAUACCUUCACGCUAAGUCGUAAGUAACAAUGCGUGAACCUUUUAAAAACAUCGGAUCAAAGUCAUUUCCUCCUUAUAAUAAAAACUUACCGGAAUAUAGCAAAUGGUGAAGCAAGAAAAGUUGUAUAUUAAUGUGUGUUUGUAAUUUGGUUACAAAAGAUAUAUCAAAAGCUUUGUAAAUUACCUCAUACACACCAAGUUCAAAGGUAUCCAAAUCUUCUGCUAUGGAAAAACGUUGGUAAAUGUACAUUUUGUAGUUCAUGAUUUAAGAAUUGGUGAUAAGGUUAUGACA